CCAAAGGACUUGCUUUCCUACUUUUUUUCCGCAACUAGAGGGGCAUGAGCGCGUCCGAAUCAAACACAACCAGCUCUGCAGUGCCUGACUCCGACUCCACCUUCGUCCCUCAGCCUUCAUCUUACAAUGAUUGCAUGACUUGUCGCGUCAUAGGAAGCGGCGCGUUCGCUGCCACUGGCAUCUAUGCACUGAGGAUGGCCCGUCCCAGUGCACCGGGGAGCAUAGUUGGCAAAAGGAUCGUGGGUGGGCUGGGAGUUUGUUUUUUAGUGGGGAGCGCGCUGAGGUGGCGAAUGUGAAGCUAGAUUGGAGAACUCAUUCAUUGUUGGCUACACUGUGGCAGUACAUGCUGGAUAUGAUAGCCUGACUUCCUGCACGAACACUACCAGAUGAGCGAACAACUGAUUGUUCACCAAACGACGGUCAACUCUAGCUUAGUCUUCGACUCUCGCUAUUAGGAUUGCCUGUGUGACUGGCUCCAUGUAAACCCUGGAAAAUGGGAGUGGAGCGGCUUAUUGUGGCCUCCCGAAUACUCUUUUCGAAGACCAAGCCUCGGUGGUAUGGUACGAGAUCUAGUCUUGUGGUGUCGACCAGCUGGCAUUGCUCAUCACAACGUGACAAAUG